ACUUUUAGGUAAUAUGACAUCAAGUUUACCGACUCUACAAAAUCUCAUCCGCAGAGAUGCUGAAUCGUAUAAAGACGAUUUUGCAGUUCAGUAUGAGUACCUCAAAUCAAAGAUCACCCUCUUUUUUGUGUCACCAUCAUCUGAGCUCAAUGAUGAAAUAUCAGAGCUGAUCAUGUUUGUUUCACACUGUUUGAAAUGUUACCCCAUCUAUCACGAGGAGUUUCCCAAGAUGUUGGAGGACCUUAUCAGGAAACAUAACAGUAUCCUGCCUUCUGAGUUAAGAUUGGUCAUUUGCAAAUCUCUGAUUAUACUGAGAAACAGAGAUUUAUACCAACCUGUGCAAUUGAUGAAACUAUUCUUUGAACUUUUGGGUUGUCCAGAUAAAAUACUGCGUGAAAUGUUGAAACUCCAUAUUAUAACAGAUAUACGAAAUAUCAAUCUUAAGAACAGUAAUAAUAAGAUGAAUAGAGCAAUCCAGGCUUUCAUUCAUACUAUGUUGUUUAAAGCCUCUCCAGUCGCUGCUAAAAUCGCAAUCCAAAUAAUGAUUGAGCUCUACAAAAAACAUGUUUGGAAUGACGCCAAAACAGUCAACAUAAUUGCAGAUGGGUGUCUUUCGACCAACAACAAGAUAAUGGUUGCAGCUCUCUCCUUUUUCCUGUCAAAUGACCCUAAGAACAACGAAGACGACGGUAAUUCUUCAGAGGAGGAGAACAAGAAAGAGAAGUCUAAGAAAAUCAGCACUAUGGUCCGAGCUGCUGGGAUAACAAAGAAGGCUAAAAAUAAGAUGAAGAAGCUUGAAAGGGCACGUUUAAUUCUUAGAAAGGAAGUUAAAAAGAAGAGAGCACCAGAGGGAUCAUUCCUAGCUAUUCAUCUUCUUAAUGAUGCUCAGACGUUUUCCGAGAAACUCUACAAAGAGCUAGGGCGUCUAAACGACAAGUUCGAGAUAAAGCUGAUGGUGAUGCAGCUUAUAGCUAGAGUUGUGGGAAUCCAUCAACUUUUCUUGUUCAACUUCUACCCCUAUCUACAGAAGUAUCUGAGUCACUCCCAAGUGCACUGCACUAAGAUCCUGGCUGCUGCUGCCCAAGCUUCUCAUGCAUUGUGCCCCCCUGAUGUCAUCGAGCCGCUCUUAAAACACAUAGCUAAUACUUUCAUAUCAGACCAUCAGACAAACGAGGUGAUGGCAGUGGGGAUAAACUCAGUCAGGGAGAUAUGUUUCAGAUGUCCUCUUGCUAUGGAGAAGGACUUACUUCAGGAUUUAGCUCAAUACAAGAAGCACACGGAUAAGGGUGUCAGUAUGGCUGCAAGAUCUCUUAUCUCACUUUUCAGGACCAUCAACAGAACAAUGCUUACUAAAGUUGAUCAGGGUAAGCCCGGAGAGAACUGGGUAGAAGAUGGACCAUCAAACUAUGGAGCCUCUAAAGCCCUCGAGGCUAUUCCUGGAAUUGAGUUCCUCAACUCCUCGUCCGACGAAGAAGGAGAAGAAGAAGAAGGAGAAGAAACCGCAGAACCUGGAGAAAAACGGAAACGUCUCUCCUCCACCUCCUCCAACAAUGCCAAGAAGAGGCGGCGAACUGCUUCAGAGAAUAAUGGUGUUGCUCGCAAGCGUCAACGUACAAACUCUUCCUCUCGAGGACGAAGAAACUCUACCUCUAGGGGCAGAACUCUCUCUGAAACUUCUAUAACCAGUAGCAAGAUAAAGAGAACAGCUCAAGAAUGGAUGACAGAGAAGAUCCUGACAGACGAGGAUUACCAGAGAAUAGAGGAGAAGAGAUUAGCUUGGCUGAUGCAAGGUAAACAACCUGCGAAAAGGAAAACGACAGGCUUCUCCAGAACGAGCUGAAGACGGAGAAAUCUUGAAUCCCUCCAACAUCGAACACAUCAACAAACACAUGAAGCAAACCAAGGAAGAGCGACUUCAACAGGUUAGAGAAGGUAGACCUGACAAGAAGAAGUUUGGAGUGAAGAAAGCGAAGAUGGAUGAACACGCUAGUACCACCAAUGCUGAUAAGAGGAAGAUGAAGCCGUUUAUGAUGGUGGUUCAUAAGAGGAGUGUUAGGGAGAGGACCAGGAAAGGUUUUGCUGAGAAACAGAGGGAUUUGAGGAAAAAAGCUGCUGAGGGCUGGACGGUAUAAUCACUAAAAAAAUGUUAACAUUUUUAGUGAUUUGAAGUUUCUGUGUGUAGGUUUAGUACUUAAAGUAUACUGACUAAGUUAAGUUAUCAAUGAUCGGGAUUCUGUUUUGAAUGUAAUUUUAUCUUUUACUUUAACUUAUUCAAACUUUUAUCAAGUUAACAA